CCCUUACAAAAAGAGAUUCAAAGAAAUAGAUGAAAGUGAAUGCUUUAGCAGCCACAGUCUUGUCCGGCUCACUAUGGAACUGUGCUCUCCAAGAGAAGAGCAGCAUAUAUGUAAAUAUGACUACUUCCUUUUCUGUGUGGACUAAGUUUAAUUUUAUGUUCACGCUGAAGAGUUUUCAAGCUUGCAUUGUAUGUUCUCCUUUCAAACAGCUUGCCCAAUUAUGUGGGACCUGCACCAGCCACUGGCUGUUUACUGAUGGUCUUAAUUAAACUCCAAAAGGUUGCAUUAGCUAUGACGCUAAUAAUGACUGUGCUGAUGUAAUUGGCUUCUCCCGAUUGUUUUCCUAUGACUGGCUGCUAAAAGCUUCCUAAUGAAAAAUGAACAGAUUUGACAUUUCCCUUGGUUAUCUACACUGUAAGGAUAUAACAUUUUAUUUGAUUAUGAAGAGUAACAGAGUCAUGCAAGCCCUAGGCAACCAUUCUCCCUCUCUCUCCUUAUCAUUUGUGUGUACUGAAUUAUUUCUGUAACAUGUAGAUACUCUGUGACUGAAGAGAGACAGCUGGAGUGAGCAAUCAAAUCUUUAGGAGUGCAGUGAAUGACUCAGGUAUUGUAUAUUGAUGAGAAGAAGAGUCUGCCUUGAGCGAGUGGCUUAAUAAUUUGUACGCUGCAACUCUGAUCUAAGGGGAUACCCAAAUAGAAGCACUUUCUCAGAGGGCUAGAAUUUCAUUGGUGAGUGCGAUAGAUCACAUGAGGAUUCUGGCACUCUCUCUACAUGGCAGAGUGGAAGCUAGCAUGCCAGAAGCCACUGAACUGAUAGUAUCAGCAUUAGCUAAGGAGACAGUCCUAGACUGAUGUGAGAGUAAGAGGGGACUGUAUGAGCCCUGGCUGACUGAGGGCAAUGCAAAAGAGCUCAGGAAUAACUCCUGAAUGUUGCUGGAGGUGACAAUUUUCUUUUAAUCCAAAGGGUCUACAGGACAGAGAUUGAAAAUGCCUAAGGAUUGUAAUGUUUUUCAAACUCUAAUAGCAGCUCUUUGCUGCUUUUAUCACCGUAAAUCCAUUAUUGGAGUUAAGUUUUCUAAAGAGAGGCAGGUUAUGGACAGCACCCCGGAAAAACUGAAGAAGGAGUUAGAGGAAGAGCUACAGUUAAGUAGUGAAGACUUACGUAGCCAUGCUUGGUACCAUGGCCGCAUUCCUCGGCAGGUGGCAGAAAGCCUAGUUCAGAGAGAUGGAGAUUUCCUGAUUAGGGACUCUCUCUCCAGUCCUGGAAACUUUGUUCUUACCUGUCAAUGGAAAAACAUCUCUCAACAUUUCAAAAUCAACCGAACAAUCCUCAGACUCAAUGAAGCCUAUUGCCGUGUUCAGUAUCAGUUUGAACUUGAAAGUUUCGACAGCAUCCCUGGACUCGUGAGAUGUUACGUGGGGAACCGCAGGCCAGUAUCAAAGCAGAGUGGAGCCAUUAUUUUUCAGCCUAUCAACAGGACUGUGCCACUGAGGUGUCUAGAGGAAAAGUACGGUGUGUCUCCCGUUCGACAAAGAGAAUGCAAUAUCACUGAAGGCAAAACAGAGAUUGCAAGAAGACUGAGCCUCAGUAUAUGCAGCGUGCAGCCCCAGGAGCACAGCUUAACCAGAGGAAAUCUUUUAAGAAAUAAAGAAAAAAGUGGUAGCCAGCCAGCUAGUUUGGAUCAUGUCCAGGAGAAAAGAUUCCAUCUAAAGACUCAUCAGUCAGAAAGCUACCUGCCAGCAGGUUUGAGGCAUCCAUUUCAGUUACCUGAAGUAGAUACAAAUCCACGUUCAAAUUCCCCCACGUUUAGAACAGGCAGUGAACCCACUCUAAGCCCCACUGUAGGUCAGAGGGUUGCCUCUGAGUUGCCAGUAGGAGAAGCUCUUAGAGGAUCAGACAGUCAGCUCUGUCCCAAGCCUCCACCUAAACCCAACAAAGUGCCCUUUCUGAGGCAACCUCAGUCUCCUUUAGCUUGGCACAGUUCAGAGGCGCACUACUGUGAAUUAAACCCUGCCACUUCCAUAGACUGUGAAGCAACACAGCAACCUCUGUCUCAGAAGAGCAGUUAUGUGGAACAUCUGAUAGCUAAAGAGAAUGGAUUGCUCUCAUUCAGGAACUCUGAAGAAAGUUAUCUGAUCCAUGAGGAUGAUGCCUUAUUGAGCUCAAUGGAUCCAUUAGCACUCCGGACUGAAAUGGCUGAAGAGGCCAGCGUGUUUGUGGCACCUGUUCUUGAGACAGAAUCUAGUUUUAAACCAAAUGAUUUUGAAUCCAAACUUCUUCCUCCUGAAAACAAGCCACUGGAAACACCUAUGUUAAAAAAAGUUAAGGAGCUAUUCACCAACAGUAAUCCAAAAAUUAUUGCCCAGCAUAUGCUUAGAAUGGACUGCAAGGUUGCUAGGAUACUGGAGGUCUCUGAAGAGCUGAGGCGGAGCAUGGGAGUGAGCUCAGGGCUGGAAUUCAUUACAUUGCCCUAUGGACACCAACUGCGCUUGGACAUAAUUGAAAGACACAACACCAUGGCAAUAGGCAUAGCUGUGGAUAUUUUGGGCUGCACAGGAAACUUAGAAGAGAGGGCAGCAACAUUAAACAGGAUCAUCCAGGUAGCAGUGGAACUGAAAGACUCCCUGGGGGACUUAUACGCAUUCUCUGCUGUCAUGAAAGCACUUGAAAUGCCACAGAUCGCACGGUUAGAACAAACAUGGACCACUUUACGGCACCAUUACACCCAAACCGCCAUUAUGUAUGAAAAGCAGCUGAAGCCAUUCAGUAAAGCUCUGCAGGAAGGAGGAGAGACCAUCUGUGUUCCACAAAACAACAUAACUGUGCCCCUGCUGAUGCCCUGGGUUACCUUGAUGGAGCGACAGUUUGUCAUUUUUGAUGGGCUGGACCUCUGGGAGUACACUGACCAAAGCUGUGAAAUAAUGCUCAAGCAUUUAGCCACAGCCCGUUUUAUAGCACAAAAUGCUGACAUGUACCGAAUGACGGCAGAAAGGAAACUGGAAGGUUUUCAGCCAGAUGAUGAGAUGAGUGAGAUCUUCAAGACAGAAUUUCAAAUGAGAUUGUUGUGGGGCAGCAAAGGAGCACAAGUAAAUCAGAGAGAGAGAUAUGAGAAAUUCAACCAGGUUUUAACAGCACUCUCCCGAAAAUUAGAACCUCCUUCAGUGAAACAGGUAGAGCAAUGAAAUAUCAAAUGGACUCUUAAAAAUGAUUAUUUCACGUGUCCAUUUCCUAUCAUUAAAAUAAACUGCCAAUAUGACACUGUACAAGCUUCAAGCUUUCGCAGAAUCUUUAGGACUUGUAAAUUGCACAAUGCACAGUUAUGAAUUGUUUAAAAACUACUGAUUUAUUUAUUAAUGUACCCAUGUCAUUUUAAUUUCUUGAGUAGAGAAAUUUAAGACAGUCAUAAUGUAUUUGAUUUUAAAGUGUCUUGAUGUGUACUAGCAAUGAAAUAGUUUACUGUAUAUAGAAAAUUAUAGGAUAAUACAAAUUUUAGAAAGUAUCAGUUAUAUGAUAUUCCUUAAAUGAAUAUGAACUUGUACAUAGUUGUGAAUUAAAGUAAAUCUGAAAUAUUGGAUGGUGCGUCACUGUACACUAACUAUAGGAAGAAAUGAUCUGUUAAGGUAAUGUCCUUUUUUGAUACUGUCCGUUGGGAGUUAGACUAUCCUGGAACUGGCAGUGCAUAACAUUGAAAUAGUUGAUUAGGGUACAGUUUGUGCUACUCUUUCACCAACAUGCAUGACAGCCAUGAGCAGAUACCAUUUUUCUCCCAGGAAAUUAGUAUUUAGAAGUUACUCAACUUUGUCGUGCACAAAUUACCAUUCAAGAGUGUACUGGAACCUGUGCAACAGACUAGAACAAAUGAUGCAAAUUGAAAAUGAGGGGCAGACUCUAAGACAAAGGCAUGAGCACAAAUCACUAAGCAACUGAGAUAAUUAAAAUGUUUCAACUUCACCAUCAGCUAGAGGUUUGUGCCUGUUGCUAAGGCUUUCUCCAUCAAAAAGGAAGAAAUGGAUAAGUAAAUAGUAGCUAGAUUUUUGUAUCAAGAACGGCCAUACUGGGUCAGAUCAAAGGUUCAUCUAGCCCAGUCUGAGAGAGAAUAGAAACAGGUACUCAAGUGAUCCCUAUCCUAUUUCCAGCCCUGACAAACAAAGACUAGGGGCAGUCAAUCUUUUUAACCACACGAUCACUUAAGUGCAAUGUAAGACCUACCUCAAGUACCCUUGCCCUGCUUUCUUACUACCCCUUUCCUGAGGCUUCACCCUGUUCAUGGCAUCCCCCUUCCUCACUCACUUUCAGCAGGCUGGGCUGGGGGGUUGAGGUGCAGGCUCUGGUUUUGGGCCAAAAGUGUGGGAGGGGCUCCAGUCUUAGCCUGGAGUGGGGAAUUGGGGCCCAGGUUUCUGGGGUAGGAUAAGGGUUCAGGAAGCAGUUGCUGUCUGGGCACCAUUUAACUGAUAUGGCUGCCGAGUGAUGAA